AUGGAGGACCAACUAGUCCAACUGUUGUCCGCAACCCAAACCGCUCAAGAGGAUACCCGCAAGCAAGCUGAGCAGCAGCUUCUUUCACUCUAUGGCCACCAGGAGCUUCCGUUAGGCCUCAUUGGCAUCGCCUGCCACGACAGCGUACCUCUCAACAUCCGGCAGGCCGCCCUACUGUAUCUGAAGAGUCUCGUACUGGCAGGAUGGAGUGACAGCCUCGACGAAUGGAAGGGACAGGCGCUGGUUACAGAGGAAAACAAGGCCAUAUUACGGCAACAGCUGCUCGCUCUUGCUACAAGAGACGAGCUCGACCGUAAGCUCAAGGCCGCGGCCGGCCUCGUAGUUAGCAAGAUUGCAAUUGCCGAUUAUCCCAUCGAAUGGCCCGAAUUGCUCGAAACUCUCCUUACGCUGAUACCCAACGCGACUGAUGGCCAGCUACAUGGCGCUCUCAGGCUCCUUGGCGAGCUGGUCGAGGAUUCGUUCAACGAGACCACCUUCUUCAGCAUAGCGCCUCAGAUGAUCAAGCAACUAUACGAUGUGGCCAUCAAUGACCAGAGGAAGCCGACGUUGAGGGCCUUGGCUUGCAAAGUUUUCCACGGCUGCUUCGAUAUACUAGAGAUGGUGUUGGAGGAUCACAAGGCCAUGGUCAAGAAUUUUGCCGACGAGGUGCUGAAAGACUGGAUUCCCUUCUUCAUCAAUGUUCUGAAUGCAAGGCUACCGGACCCGCCCUCUCUCGAUGAGGAAGAACACGAUGCGCCCAACGCUAUAUUUUACAAAGGACAAAUUGCCUUCAAGCUACAGGUAGUCAAGGUCCUUAUGCGCAUUCGCUCCGUCUUCCCUGCCAUUCUCACACCGCAGAGUCUUAUUCUCUUCCAAGCUACUUGGCAAGAGCUCUCCUUGCUCGAGUCGGCAUACUCGCUCAUGUACAUACAAGAGGACCGCCAAAGUAGACUGGAGGACGCCGACGGACUGCCAUAUACGCUGGACUUUCUCAUCCUUGAGGAGCUUGACUUUAUGCAGGCCUGUCUGCGAGCACCUCCAGUUCGCGCACAACUCGAGCAGGAACUCCAAAACCAGACACCGGAGAACUCUUGGGUCACCCAGGUCAUGAAGCUAGCCGUGGCGUAUGCGCAAAUCACAACCGAGGAGGAAGGGCUUUGGGAUGUUGAUGUAAAUAUCUUCCUCAGCGAGGAAACCAGUGUCACUGCCAACUACACGCCUCGAACGGCGUGUGGUGAUCUUGUUAUCAAGCUUGGAGAGUGGCUCACAGAACCCACCGUCAAUGGUCUGUUGACAUACACAAGGGCGCUCUACUCCGGGUCCGAGGGCUGGAAGGCCAAGGAAGCUGCGCUUUACGUUCUCAAUCAGCUAUUGGGCGACUUUCAGGAUGUGGAUAAGCAGAUCGGGCCAGAGGCCGCCAGUGGCUACGUGGAUUUCAUUCGCUAUGCUAUGCAACAACCCGAUGCAUUCCUUCGAGCAAGAGGCUAUCUUGUUGCUGGAAGCCUGACAAGAACUUCCGGUGAUGCUCUACAACAACUCGCUACAUCUUUCCUUGAGGCCUCUCUACAGGCUAUUCCAUCCGAUGAGUCGGACGUUGUGCAAGUUUCUUGCAUUCGAGCUCUCCAAUACUACCUCCAAGCCCUUCCACACGGAGUUACCCAACCUCUCCAAAGCCCCAUCAUCCUGGCUAUCAGUAACUACCUCGCCGCUCAAGAUAUGUCGGAACUCAAUGACAGCGACGAUCUGAUGAUCACCCUGGUCGAGACUCUCAGAGAUGCUAUUCUCAUCGACACCCGUAUUUGCAUUACCGACAACGGUCUUGAUACUCUCUUCCGGGUUGCCAGUCAUCAAGCUAAUAACUUUCAACUAACAAUGUUGGUCGUCGAGGCAUUUGAAGAAGUAACAGAGACCAUUGCGCGAAUGGGUGGAGAUGCAUACGUCCAGCUGUGUGCGAGGGUCCUUCCGUCACUCACGGGUGCUUUCGACGUCGGCAGUUUGACUGAGGAGAAUGCUCUCUGUAACUUUGCUGCAGAUCUCCUUGCCGUUCUUGCUGAACAUGGUCCAGAGCCGCUUCCUGCCGGCUUUGUCGCUACGACUAUGCCGAAGCUUACGCGACUUCUCUUGGGCUCUAGUGACGAAGAGUUGCUCAAGUCUGCCACGACUGCGGUGAAGAAUAUCAUCUCGCAUGAUCACCAACAGCUCUUUGAAUGGCGUGAUGAUACCGGUAAAGCGGGCCUUGAGGUUACCCUGUUCAUUGUUUCCCGUCUGCUCUCUUCAUGCAGUGACCAUGCGGCGGGCGAAGUCGGUGCCCUUGCUGCCGAGGUAGUGGAGAAGGCCGGUCAUGAGCGACUUGGACCAUACUUGGAGCAGCUUCUGCGCAGUGUUGCAGUUCGUCUUGCUCAGGCAAAACAGGCACAGUUCAUCCAGAGUCUGACACUUGUGUUUGCGCGAUUGAGUUUGAAUCAUGCUUCCGAAGUCGUAGACUUCCUAGCAAGUCAGGAUAUUGAAGGCCAGAAUGGUCUGCAAGUCGUAUUGGCGAAAUGGCUCGAGAACUCGAUCAACUUCGCCGGCUACGACGAGAUUCGGCAAAAUGUCAUUGCCCUAUCGAAACUAUACGACUUAAAAGAUCCUCGAGUUGCGCAGGUACAAGUUCAGGGUGACUUGAUACCAAAUACCGACGGCCGAAUCAUGACUAGGAGUCGUGCGAAAGCCAUGCCUGCACCCCUCAAGAUCCUCAAGGUCCUUAUUGUCGAGCUUCAAUCAGCCUCAGGUGCACCCCUUGACGCCGCCGCUGCCGCCGAGCUUGCCGAUGAGGCCUCAGACGACGGUGAAUGGGAAGAUGAACCAAAUCCAUUUGUCGACCUUGGAAGUGGCUUUAGUAGGGAACAACUUAUGGCUUUCGCAGCGGAAGAGCCUGGAGGUAGCGGUCGUCAACGCGACGAUGAGACACAGGGAUUCUUGAUCGAUUUCUUCAAACGUGCUGCUACAACACAGGGCUUCCCCGAGGAAUUCAAUCAGCUCACCGAAGAGGAGCAGCAGCGCCUGCGAGACAGUGCUGCAUAG